AUGAGUUUAGAGACAAAAAUACAUGAGAAUCUUGAAUUACGCUAUAGAAGUCACGCUUACAAGCCACGAUGUGACAAUAAACUUCCUGAUCCAAAUCCAGUCGACUCUAAUGUAGUAGUGCUCUCAUCUUUGCGGUUUUCGCUUGUCUCACGAAGAAAAAUGGAAGCAGUAAUGAUUUAUAUCUUCUGCAUCAUAUGGAUAGCUUUGAAUCUACACGUAAGCUGUGGAAAACCCAAGAAAGUACCAAAAACUCCGCAGAGUUCUGGGAAGAGGGAGUCGGAAAGAAGCAAGAAAAAAGAGAAGUCCCAAAAGAAGCAAAAAACUCCAUUAGUAGAAAAAUCUGAGGGGGAGAAGGAAGAGGAAAGCGACUCUCAGCAAAAACCGAAGGAAUCGAAAAAGGAGGUGCCAAAAGAGCAACCAAAAGAAGUAAAAAUGGAGGAUUCAAAGCCUAUAGUUGUAUCACCAUCACCUGAAAAGGGAGCGAAGAAAGAGGAAGCGCCAAAGAUUGAAGAGAAGUCGGGGAAGAAGGAUAAGGGAGACAAUACUGUGAGGGAAAUUGCGCAAAAAGACCUCGCCAAGGAAGUAGUGGAGAAGCAUAAACCUACAAUAGUUACAAUAAGCAAAGAAAACGCCGAUCCAGAUGAUGGAAAUUACGAAGAUGUAAAUUUGAUGGAAGCUGUAGCACCAGAUGGAACACAGCUGCAACUUAUAACAGUGGACCCAUUGCAUGCAAGUUUUCCCGCAAACGGAGGGCGAUCGUUCCAUACUAUCCUAAAUGUUGGCGAGAAGCGAAUCAUCUUCAAGAUGAAGUCCUCCAAUAACAAUGAUUAUCGAAUCACACCAGUUUAUGGUUUUGUUGACCCUAUAGGUAGCACAGUAAUCCAGGUGCUGCGCUUACCAGGAGGCCCAGUUAGAGACGACAAAAUGGUAGUGAAUUACACAGCUGCACCGGAUGGUGCUACUGACCCGGCUGCAGCUUUCAAAGGGCUCCCACCUACUACAGUCAUACAAACAAUUCCCGUCAUUUUCAGGGUCACCAGUGAUGGAAAUCUCCCACCUGGUGCUGCACUUGUUCCAGGUGUUAAUCCUGCUGCUCUCGUUCCAGCUGCCCCUACACCUGCGACCUGA